UCCUUAAUUCCCCUUUGUCUUGAACCUUUUAGAGCCAAUGCGGCUGCCGUAGAGCGCGAUGUCAAAAUGGCGGCCGCGGCGUUUGCUGGUACCGUGAGGGCAGCAUCAGGAAUUUUACGGCCCCUGAAUAUUUUGGUGUCUUCAGCCUAUCGAAACUGUGUCAAGAAUGCCCGUCUCAGUUCUUCACUGUCCGCCCAACAUUUUAGUCAUAUUCAGACUUCAGUUGUUUCCUCUGCUCCCAGAAUUACCACAUCUGUCAGAAACCUGACAUGUGAUCAUACUGCAACAAUCCUCAAUAGAGUGGCCCCCUUGCUUCCAAAUGUCCUGAAGCUGCCAGUCAGAACUGUAACGUACUUCAGUUCACGAAAAGGCAAGAGAAAGACUGUAAAAGCCGUCAUCUAUAGGUUUCUUCGACUUCAUUCUGGCCUUUGGCUAAGGAGGAAGGCUGGUUAUAAGAAAAAAUUAUGGAAAAAGACAACUGCAAGAAAAAGACGCUUGAGGGAAUUUGUGUUCUGCAAUAAAACCCAGAGUAAACUCUUAGAUAAAAUGACAACAUCUUUCUGGAAGAGGCGAAACUGGUAUGCUGAUGAUCCUUAUCAAAAGUAUCACGAUCGAACAAACCUGAAAGUAUAGAUCAGAAGUGUUAACGAUUUCCCAGUUAUUGAAUACGUAUCUUUGUGUAUAUGAUGUCUUUGCAAAAAUGAAUAAGUAUAAAAUGUGAUGUAAGUAGUACCAACCUGAUGGAAACAUACAGUACCAACAUUAAACUUAUUAGAGUUUAAAAAUUUAA